CACCGACUCUCGCCCCCCUGCAAAGGGCUAUUCAACUACCACCCUCGAGGGUUCGCCGACCCUGGUCCCCCUUCAAUGGGCUAAUUGAAACCACCAACACCACCCAUCUCCUCCUUCUUCUCACUUCCUUGCCGCCACCUUUCAACCUCUGGUUCACACGCCACAACCUGCGCCGUUCCUCACUUCGCCGUCGCCCUCUUCGCUCACUUCGCCUGGCCAAUCUCACCUCACACUCGACAACGAUUCGGUCAGUUUCAUCCGCGCUGUUUCAUCCUCACGUCAAAGUUUUCACACCACAACAAGCCUCGCUUUCAGCACCAAACCUUCUUCUCACACCACACCAAGCCUCAUCUUUACGCCAAACUUCCUCCUUACGCCAAGCCUCCUCCUCGCGCAACGCACACAGCCAUGGCAACGCUACAGGAUGACACGGACACACCGGGACCUCACGCGGAUGCUCACACCAACGAUGUUGUGGCCACAACUCGAGAAGACCCUGACGAGGCUGACAACAGUCACCAAUUCGACGGACACCGACUGCCACUUCCCAUGGUCAUCGCCAAAAUGCCAGGACAUCACGAAGCAAUGCACGAAGAGCAUGAAGAAGCUGCGUUGGUGAAGCUCAUGAAAGUGAAGGCCUCGGACGGCAUUGACUACUUCGGCGUCAGAGAUUGGCCUUGCAGUAUCGCCUACUUUCGGACGGAGGAGAUGCCACGAAACCACUUCCUCCCGUCCGGAAAGUCUCUCGAUGCACCCUACGACGCCGAGAAGGUACCAGAAGGCGAAGUCAAGCUUCUUGGAUUCUUCAGCAGACUUUCCAUUGCACCAGCAAUCAAGCUCAGUUUCCACCUGCACCGUGGCAUGAAGAAUCGCAAAACCAAUCGCCAUCCGCACGAGCAUAACGGCAAUGUCCUUUUCUUCUUCAAUACCGUCUACGAUCACAAGUCCGGCAAGCGCGUCCACUGUAUACGACCAGGCACAUUUGAGAUCGCGUGGAAGCACCUCGAGGUCCAUGGAAAGAACAAGACCGCUGUGGAAGUUCCAGACCCGGAUGAAUACUACAUUGAAAUGUCAUUCGUCGUCGACUACGCGGUGGUGACCAAUUUCAAUCCCCCUCCAGACUUCCCAUCGCUCACCUCCACUGAGCGCGAUUUCUUCAAAGUCCUGGGAGCAGUCUGCGAGACGUCGGGCACGAAGGUGAACAUUCGACUUAACCCUUUCCGACACGAAGCUGCGAGAGCAGAGGCCGACGGUGAAGUUCUCGCACUUCAACAAGCUCUUGAACAAUUUCCGGCUCUCCAAGCUACCACCGAAACCCCUGUCUCCCGUGCUUUGCGGAGAGGAAAGAACUUCUUUGCGUACAAGCCGGGCAGUUCCGAGCGCGCCAACGUCCGGCACAAUGCCAUGUUUUCUCGUCACACCAUUGUUACUGCACAAACGCCUUUUGUCGCCAUUCCCGCGGCUAAUCGCUUCAUCGACAAUACGCAUGGCGAGAUUGCUCUCGGUUAUGGCCAUCACCUGGAUUUCAUCGAAGAGUGCAAGCGACUCAAGGCGCUGGAGAACGACACUCACGUCUGUACCGUCCACAGUGUAGCUGACAGCGUCGUUAUUGCGAUCCGCUUGAGCUCGAUACCCGACAGUGGCUUGGAGAGCAAUGUUCGAACCCUUCACCCCAAUACCAAGCUCGAGCUCCACAUCGAAGGGCAGGCCGAACUCGAAGAUGUCACUGUCCGGGGAAUCACGACAGAUUUGAAUCUGGGUGUAUUGCCUCCCUCGUCGAUUCACGUCCUGGUGAAUGCCAAGUAUGCUACGACCUUGAAUUCCUAUGCCACUGCCGGAUUGCAAGCCAUCAAUGCACGUCGAUUCAAGGUACGAAUCGACGUAAGAAUCAACGACUCGAUCAUUGCUUCUCACCUCGACGCCAUUCACAAGGCGUAUGAUGUAGAGGCAUUAGAGGGAUCGGGCGGCAACCUACUGCCCCUGCUUCUUUACGACGGCCUCACAGAAGGAGCCAGCAAUCCAUGGGCAGGAUGCAGCAAUCAAGAAUUGGCCAAGGAAGCCAUCGAGGAGCUGAAGAUGAAGGAAGCGUGGACACCAAUGCAAGCAAAGGUUAUCGACAUGUCAACAGCAGUGAAAUUCCGCACGGGUCUCGUCGCCGGCUGCGGCGGCUCUGGAAAGACUCUUUUGCAAGUUCACAAAGGUCACGCUGCAGUGAAAGCCGGAGACAAAGUGGCAUACAUCAGCACUACCGACAUCGUUCUGGACACUCUGUGCAAGACCUACGUGCAGUAUUACCCGGAUGAUGAGCCUCCCGUCCGAGCAUACGCCAUGCAACUGUCAGUGCUGUCCCUGGCAGAUCAUGGCGAAAAGAGUCAAGCUGGAAACUUUUCGGAAGAAGAACUGGCAAUUUGGACUAUUCUGGAGCACAAGCGGAAGAUAGCCGACCCUUCACUUUUCGAGAUAGACGACUACUCCGUGGAAGGCCACAUACGGAAGCAUCUGCAGCAGGGUACCGUCUAUCGCAUACGGUUCACCGACGGCGAAACAGAGUCCGGUGAUCCUGUCUUGGACGUCAAGUGGCCCGAAGAUGUUGAUGUCUUCACGUAUCUCCGCGAUAGCCUGCGCAGAAUCAACUCAGCUCACGAAGCACGUGUCAAGAAAACCACCGCUCCCGUCAGGACGCCCCUGGCCGGUGGUCCCCAGGCUACCCAAGGCGCGAAUUUCCGGCGCUCCGCUUACGCUGCAGAAGUGGAUGGCAUGACCUCUUCAGACCCCUUGUUCUCUCCAGAUGAGUGGAGAUGGAUGGACCAAGCAUGGCGGGCAUGUCGUAGGUACGUGCUUGCAAAUGCGAAAGUCCUUCUCUGCACCGCCGUCAAUUGUGGAAGUCGCGAGGUGAGGAGAUGGUUCGCGUCCGGCGAUCAAGACCGAGUCUGGCUAGAAGUUGACGAGGCGACUACAAUUCAUGAGGCGUCCUUGCUCACCCCCCUCGCACAGUGCUAUCCGACAUGGGGUCACAAGAUCGUAUCCAUCUGGAUGUACGGAGAUUUGAAACAAUUCGCUCCCUCCGUUCACGGAAGCAACGGAGACCAUGACAGCGCCACCUACAACGAGUUCGGCGCUCAGAUCCGCCUAUCGCUCUUCCUACGACUCAUUCGAUCCGGCUUCCCAUUCAUCGAGCUCACGCAACAAGCUCGCAUGCACUCAGUCCUCUGGGAACACGUCAAUCGCAUCUUCUACGACAUCCCAAUUGCUAGCCUUGAGAAUGAAGACAAAUUCGCGCUUGAGCCGGGGUUCGAGAGCAUGGUGAGGGAGCUCUUCCACCAUCCCAAAGAUGCAAGCUUGAGCGACACGCAGCUCCGACUGGCUUACUUCGAACUCCCCGGUCCAAAUCUGCGACGUUCAUCGGAAUCUGGAGGCUCUCGCGCAAACAUGGCCAAUUUCUUGACCGUCAUGAACCUCAUCAAAGGGCCGCUGCGCAAGGUAUAUCAGCAUAAGAUGAACGACUCUGUGGCAUUGAUCACUCCCUACGCCCGCCAGAGGCGAAUGUACAUCUCGGCAUUCGCCCGUCUUCGACUGCUUGGCUGGUCGGAGAAAGAGCUACCGUUGGUCACUACAGUCGAUUCGGCGGCCGGGGUUGAGAGGGACCACGUCAUUCUCGACUAUGUUGUUACGUCAAAGACGCACGGUGGCCUGGGGUUCAUGCGCUUGAAGGAUCGAGCUUGCGUUGCCUUUACACGAGCGCGCAAAGUUCUGUGGAUUGUGGGCAGCGACUUCUUCGAUCCUAAGCUGCCGGCGAAAGCGAAUCCAUCAUCUUCGCAAGACAAGAGUGCACCGGAAUCUUCGCAAGACAAGGGUGCACCGGGCUCGGGAGACGGAGUGCGGAAGAAGAAAUCGCGCAAUCAUCGCGUCGACCUGUCCGGACAACGCAUGGCCGACAGCCCCUUGGUUGAAUACAGAUCGAUCUGUGACCAAGGUGGUGUGCUAUUCCGUCAGCCCAAGCCGACGAUCCACGAGAACGACUGGCCUGCCGAUCUCAGGCAACAACCUGAUCAAGCUUAACCGGCGAUAUCUCCAACGGCCAGGGCUAGUGAGUGCGGCGCAGAGGGGUGGGAGAAAGUUGAUUGUCAAGAGGCGCGCAAGUAGCAUCUUUUAAUCGAGUAUGAUUAUCACUACGUCCACUCUUCACAGUGCAUUGACCGUAAGAGUGUUCAUCACGAAA